AAUUUAACUCAAAGCAGCUGGCUCACAAGCAUUCAGACGCUGUCAUUGUUGGCUCUGGCUCUAAAACUUUUAGAUUAUUUAGACAAGUUUGUGAUUCAAAUAUUAUGCAGAAAGUUUACAUAAAGAUAUAUUUUCAACAUUUGAAAAUAGAUAUUAAAAGUGUGACAUGACAGUUUAGUAAAGUCCAUAUUUUUGUUAUUUCUUCAUAGUACUUUAUAUUUUCAGCCUGUGCAAAACAACAAACGCUAAGCUGCCAUGAGUUUAUCCCAGAACAUCUCGAUUGUUCAUCCAGAAUACUUUUUCAUCACUGGGCUUACAGAUGCACCGUACAGCACUUACUUCUAUAUAUUCUUAUUUAUCAUAUAUAUUAUUUCUGUAAUUGGGAACUCAAUAGUCCUUCUCAUUAUAGCUCUUCACCGGAGCCUGCACAGUCCAAUGUACAUUGGUGUGUUUAACUUGGCCUUGGCAGAUAUUGGUGAAACUAAUGCACUGAUCCCUAACAUGAUCAAGAAUUUUGUUUUUGACUCACGGUACAUCUCAUACAAUGCUUGUUUGGCAAACAUGUUUUUUGUGAGCUUCUUUAUUACUGUGCAGACUUACACUCUUGUUGUUCUGGCAUUUGAUCGUUUCAUUGCAAUCUGUUUGCCACUAAGAUAUAAUGCUAUAGUGAAUAAUAAGUUCAUGGCUAUAUUGUUUUCAGUAAUAUGGGCAUUUAACGCCUUUCUUGUAACACUGUCAACAUCUUUGAUGACCAGACUUUCAUUCUGUAAAUCCAACGUGAUAGAGAGUUGGUAUUGUGACUAUGACAGAUUGGUGAGGAUGCCAUGCAAUGACAGUAGCAUUAAUAAUGUUAUAGCAAUCCUCAUUCAAGCUUUUUUCCUUGUAGCACCACCCUUCAUUAUAGUCCUGUCAUAUCUGGGCAUUUUUAUUGCUUUAUGUAAAAUUACAACUUGGGAAGGACGUUUUAAAGCACUAAAGACCUGUGUUUCUCACCUUUUGGUAGUUGGAUCAUUCUUUCUUCCCAUAAUAUCCAAUAUUGUUUCUGCAUCUUCUGCUAAUGCCAAGAUCAUCGGCGGAACUCUUUCAUUAACUCUUCCACCAAUGCUAAAUCCCAUCAUUUAUGUUUUAACCACAGCUAAAAUCAAAGACUUAAUCAGAAAAAUGCUUAACAACAGAUCUGCACAAAUUAGAGUGAAUGUUUCAAAAUGACUGUAAUGAUCGUCUAUGUGAUCUUCAAUCACUGUGAAUUAAAUGAUCUAAAAUUACAACAAUAUGUACUUUACGGAUAUUUUUAGAUCCAAUAAGUGGAAAAUAAAAGUGUACAAGCAGAAAAUAAACAUGUAGAGUGGACACAUUAGACGUGUGUGUUGGUUAACAGCAGUGAAAUGAUGUUUAUUUAUUUAUGAAUGCAUCCAUCUGAUUUCAAGUGUGUGUAGUGUAUGUGUUUGUUCUUAGUUACUGACCCCAAGACCAAACAAACUGAAAAGACAAAUAUUUAAGCAAGAAAUUGUUGAAAUUAUUAUUGUUAAAAUUUCUAUCAGGAAUAACGGAAAUACCAAAGAGCAGGUUUGGUAAAGACAAUGUUUUAAUAACAGUUGAUAUAACAACAGCAAAAACAUGGCAGAGAUAAUGGUAAUAAAAUCAAAAGAGGCAGAUGCAGACAGCAAUGCUUCAAUGUUCAGUAUAUACUAUAAUCAUUAAAGAAACAGGAUUGCAUGCACAAACUGUUGUGGGGAGAAGGCCAGUGAAGGAAUAAUGCAGAUUGUUUUUAUAAUUCAGACACUUGAAAAUAAUUUUAAUGUCAGCCACCAAAGUGUUAUUAUUUAUUUUAUUUUUUUUCAAUGUCAUUGAGGGCAAAUUCAAAUAAAUGUAUUUCACUGUUUUUUUCUUUCUUUUUUUUUCUUUUUUUUUUUUUUUUUGCAAAAAUGUCAAGUUAUGGGUAACACUUUAUAAUACAGUGAUAAAGUAAUCAUUUUUUGGAUAUCAUUCGCAAACUAUUUAUAGUUAAUUUAUAGUUAAUAUAUUGUAGUCUCUACUCUCUACAUUGUAAUGUAUUAACCCUCUGGAG